UUUCUGUCUGCAGUUUCGCUUUAUGUUGGCUUGGAUUUAGUUAAUUGAGCGUUGACGUUUUCCCGAGGCGUGACGCUAAUUGGAUUAUACCUAUUUGUUUCAUCUCACUUUUUUUUUCUUGGACCUUUGUAUCUCAUAAUAGGCGAUUGGGGCACGUCUAAAUUUAGCAGACUCGGGAUUGGACGGAGGGGGAAAAAACUUUUGCCCUGUCAUACUGGAAACGAAUCACCAUGUUUGAGGUCCCUGAUGCGAAGAGAGUUCGCCGAGAAGAUUUACAAGCAUCGGAUGAGUCUUCAUGGAGUGAGAGCGAACCCGAUGCCGAGCUGGAGGCACGGCUCAAUGCGCAAAUCGCCAGAUCCCUUGGGCUGGAUGAGAGUGCCUUUAGUGCACCGAAACCUCAGAUUACUUUACCGGUGGUCACAAAGCCUCAGGUUGUUGGAAAGAAGGAAGAUGAAGAGCUCGACUCUGAUGAAGAAAGCGAGCCAAAGACGCCAGCUGAAGGCUCUCAAGUCAAAGAAGACGGCGAAGACGAAGAUGAGGUUUAUGCUUUCCGACUAUUCAGCGCGGCUGGUCCGGCGCCACAGGUUGUUCUUGAAAACACCAACAGAGUCGUAGAAGGCAAAAUGAUUUGGGGGCGGCCGUUAUCAUACUACCUGGUCACGGAUUUGUCGCCUGAGAAGAAGCAGCAAUAUGAGAUGGCAGCCGUGAGCGGCGAAGACGUCAUUGAGCGAUCGAAAGGGAGGGCGUGGGGUCUUGAGCUCCCUUGGAGAGUCCAAACCAUCAAAGUAACCCGAAAAGCUGGCCGACAAAAAGGAGAAACCGUGGCUCACGUUGAGGAUGACCAGCCGGCGAAGAGGAAGCGGCCGGGGAAGAAGCGUAGAGUCGCGAUGAGGAUCAAGGCGAGGGCAAAGGCGCAGGCUGAGGAAGCGGCGAAGCAGAAGAUGGCUGAGAAGGAGGAGCACAUUAAGGAUAAGAAGAAGAGAUUGAAUCGGCUGAAAAAAUUGAGGAGAAGAGCGAAGAAGAAGACUGAGAAAGGGGGAGGUGGUGAGGCUGGCGGUGAAUCGGACGAGGACAUGUCAGACGCUGAAGAGUAAGAGGAGCGAAACACUUGUAUAUAAAAUGCAUACAUAAGAACAGUUUGG